AACCCUAAUAAUUGGAACGUGAUAGACAAAGAGAGGUCCAAAGGUUAUAUAAACUGGCCGUACCAGGAUCACCAAGAUAUUCUGGUCCCCAAAGCGAGUCAAUUCAUUUACCUUAAAGGAAAAGAAUCUUCGCUUAAAUUCAAGAAAGAUUUUCUCGACAGACCGGACGUGAAAGCGAGCAAUCGAUUUAUUCUUAGUUUUAAGUUUUGGGGGUAUGAAGAUGCAGAUUUGCCCAAAAUUAAAGUCUCAAUCGGCAAGGAUUACAGCGAUUACAUUAGCCAGGAUUACGUACUCGGUUUCCGCGACCAAUGGCUGCCCCGACAGUACCUUUUAACAUAUGACCAGUUGAAAGAUUUUCUUUUGGAGCUAGCUUUUUUCUCAAACUCGGUGGUGGCGUUGAAAGACAUUACAUUGGAGUAUGAGACACAGUCUACAUCGAAAACAAUGACCAGGUUGAAUAUGGCCAGUGAAAUGUAUUUGGAACGCGGCAACUCUUCGCGCGCUACUAUGGUCACAAUGACGGGACCGAUUGAUCCUACUAAAUGCAAAAUAGGCGACCCAAUUAGUGAUAUUCGAAACCCGGGUGUCGAGUGUUUUCAGGACGAGAAUGCGAAAGGGUUUACAAAAGAUGAGAACGGGUUCUAUACUCAGGUCAACGAUUUGAAUAUAGACGACACGUGCUUUGAGUUAACAUAUUUGGCCAGAAAGGAAGUGGUCAUUAAUUUGCAAUACCUGCUGUCCAAAGAGGAUUUCACCAGGGACCAUAACAUUCUACUGUCCAUUAAGCCUAAAAUAACGACUAAUGGUUUGAAUGCGGAGACGAGUACUGUAUGUCUUAAAGAUCUGUUAGCGUUGAGGGGCCGGUCAUACACUACUCAGUCCGACAUACCCUACGUUUACAUUUCUAUUAAGAAGUUGACCGCAAAAGCAAACGAAUUGUAUAUUAAUUUCAAAAGAAUUAUUGCGACGCCGUCAACCGCGUGGACCGACCUAUUCAAACAGGGUACACUUAGAAAUUACUAUGAUUCAACUGUAUACACUGGCCCAUCACCAUUCAUCAACUGGCCCGUAGUGAUCCCUAAUGGACCUAUAAGUGCCGAUAAAAAUAAAUUUACAAUUUUAGUGACACCAGAAGAUGAACGCACGGCCAACGCUCAUCUAAUUACCCAUUGGAUAAAAUACGACAAGAAUCUGGCCACACGCAAACGACCUGGGCAAUAUAGGUUGACAUUUAAAGAUUCCAGAGCGUUCAGCGCGUUCAAUAUUAAGCCAAAGGUGUGCGAUGACCUUGCUCAUUGUACCGAUGUAAGCAUAAUCGACGUCAAAAAAGAUGUGCAUGAUCCAAAUCAACCACCGGUAUCGCCCAGCACUUGGCUCUACUCGUUCGUAAUGGAUGAAAUACCGGACACCAAAUACGUUAAGUUCAUGUUUGAGAUCGAGUACUCGGCCCACGAGUUGAUCCCGGGUUCGCUGGAGGCGCAGAUAGAACUGAUCACAUUUGGCGACCCGUGUCAGGUGCCCAAAACCGAGUGCGAGGAAAUUGGUCGUGGUAAAGGCAAUAAAUGCACGAAUAAAGCCGUGUCGAGCGCACCCAAUGUGUGUCCGUGUUUGUACGGCUAUAGUGGCGACCGGUGCGAGAAAGUCGACUAUUGUAUGACGGGUAAAUCUGGUCAAAUAGUAUGCGACACUAGUGUGGCGUCAAAGGCGUGCGAUCGUGAGGGCUCAACACAUUUGGUCGGAGAUGCGGGCGACAAGCUUAAAGUGUACCGAUGUGUUUGUCAAAACCCAGCCCAUUUAAAUGAAUUAAACUGGGACAAGACUGCCAAAGUGUGUAAAGAAGCUGCGAUUAAAUUGGAUAGAGGCUGGACACAGGUUGGGACCGAUUACUAUCCGUCCGAUGCAUCCAAUGAAAUAAGCUAUGAAUUCACUGACAUUAGUACCGAUAGAGUGGACAUAUGCUCUACAAUAGAUUACAAUCUCGUAAAUCCGACACAUACUAGCAACUUCUUCUUGACCAUCACAUCUGUGGCCGACAAAUACGAUGCGAUUUCGUUAACAAAGUUUACGUGGAGUGUAGAGUCCGUAUUGAUUGGCACAAUGAAUAUGAAACUGAUCGCCGGUUUGAAGUCAAGCGAUCGGUGGAGAAAUGAAUACCUGUUUGGAGACAAUAAAUUGACAUUAGAUGGAACAAAAUUUAAAAGCAAUACAAUUACAAUUCCGCCGAAAACUACUACCGAAAUACCCAUAUAUUUAAUGAGCAAUUGGAUUGAAUUCAAUCCCAAAAUUAACGAUCCGUUAAAACCGCGGAUAUCUAUCGACAAGAUAUUAGCGGCGAAUAUGAAUGCCGUGAAAAUCGAAACGGGAAUACUUUGGGACACACAAGACAUGUCUUUACUGCAAUUAUCUCGCGUCGCGUUUGUGGCCGACAAAGACAUCGAACAAUCCCUACAAAUCACUCAAUACAAUAAAAUCCAAUAUUUCAAACUUGUCAUCAAAUUCACGUUAACCAACGCCGACACUACCCCUAAGACUGUAGACUUAGCGGUAACUGACGUAUCAAUCGGUGAUCCGUGCGAUAAAAAAGUCCGAAACGUUUGCUCAAAUAUGGGAACUUGUACGGCACCGGUUUUACCCGAUAUACGCGAAUAUUCGCCAGAAAACUACGUGUGCACAUGCGAUAGCGCACAUUUUGGCAAGGAUUGUGAGCUGCGACGAUGCGUUGAAGUCGUGGCGAGGCAAACGUGCGAUGCUUCACCGCGAUAUGCAAUGGAUAUAUUUAAUGAUGUGACCAAUUGUGAACAACAACCAACUGGGACAGCUUAUAAUUGCUAUUGUCCUAACGAAUAUAAAAUGGAUAGUGCUAAUCACAGAUGUUUAAGUAAAGUAACCUACAAUAGUAAAACGAUAUCGUGUGGUUUAAGUGGAAAAACACCAGGGUGCGAAUUCUUCACACUUGAUACUAAUAUAAUCAAGUGGUCAAAUGAAUUCGAGCCCCAAUUAACACAUGAUGUUAAAUACAAAGAUAUAUUUCCUUUAUACGUGUCGGAGAUAUCGGGCGAUAAAUUGACGCAAACAUUCAAUAACUACGACACCACUCCAACACAACAGUCAGAUGUGGCCGUAUAUCUGGUCAGUCAAUGGAUCAAAAAGACAACCGAUUCGGUGGACGUAUGGAUUAAAUUAACGUCAAAAGACUUCACAGGAUUUGCCGUUCAAUUCGUGACGUUUGACGGCAAGACACAGGAAUCGUCGGCUGUAGACACUGUGAUCGGCGACAGCAAAAUCAUUCAAAACGCGGUCACUACAUUUGAUGGUAAAUUAAAGAUCAAAGUGCCGGCCGGAACGGCCUGGAAGUUUGGCAUUAAAGUCACUUACAAUACACUUGACAAAGAGUUGUUUACAAUCGAUCAGUUCGCACUCAACGACCCGUGCGCUGAACCCGACACACAUUCCCUAAUUAAUUGUGCCACAAAAGAUGGGAAUGGAGUGUGCAAACGAUUUGUUAAGGAACAUCCAGAGUUACCAUAUUAUUGCGAAUGCGACCGUAGAUUAUUUUAUGAUUCAUCAAAUGACCGAUUUGAGUGCACGUGUCCUAAAAUUGAGCAAUUUUAUUGGGAUUCGCGCGACGACGUAAUGGACUGUAAAAAUCUGCCCAAAUGUUUCACCAAAGGGUGUAAUAAAGUUAGCGAGAAAUGUGUGGAACCGCCAGAAAACAGACCGGCAGAAGACGCCACGUGUGUGGCCAAAGAGGGCUACUAUAAAGACCCGGUGAGUGGAGUGACCACUAAGAUUGACAUUUGCAAAGUCGCCGACAGAAAGAUUGCCAAAUUAGUUAACGAGAAGCCCUGCGACGACGAUCGGGCCAUGUGCGAACAUGAUUUCAUUAGCCCCAUCCUAUACACGUGCAGAUGUCCCCCAGGGUUUGAGGCACAUGGAAGCGGACGGUCGGUCAGCUGUACAUCGCGAAAGUGCGAGUCACCGGCAUUUCACACGUGUCAACACAAGUGCGAGAACGACGACGUGGACGAGAAAGAUGGCGAUCAUAACACGUACGUCAGGGGCUAUAAGUGUGGCUGUAAUACACAGAUGUACAAACAAAGUGGCGACACCUGUACCCCCACAAUACCGUGUACUAAAUGUAACGGAAUUGCAAAUUGUUUUUGCGAUGGAGCCAAAGAUGAUAGUCAUCGUUGCUUUGAUGGUUGGGAUUGGACUUCAGAUAUGAAACAGUGCGAAAUACGCGAUGAGAAAGGUGGUUCGUGUUUGGGAGGCAGUGCGACCAAACUGGACAAACCGGACGCUACCGGACGCCGGUAUUGCCUGUGCGACGCGCCGUACGUUCAAAGCCCGGACAAGAGGUCGUGUGUAUUGCAGGGCGUGUGCGGACAGGGAGGCGCCGGACGGACGGAGUGCAACGGUAUACAAGCCCUGUGCAGAUUGACUGACCCAAAGAGUGCUACGGAUCAUCCGCAUGAGUGCGUGUGUCCGCCCGGCACUAUACAGGAAGCGAAAGGAAAGUUGUGUCAACCCGUAUGCAAAUUCCGUAACCGUGACCUCGCGUGCAAUCGCAUUAACGCCGACUGCAAUCCUAACAAAGACGUCAUACUUGUGAAUGAAAAGCCUGAACACUACUGUGUGUGUCGGCCCGGACUCAUCAUGUCUAACGGCAAAUGCAUGGCCACUGAAUAUACCAUGAAAUUCAGCAUUUCCAUUAAAAAUUAUCUACCAUUUGAGGCGCUUGAGUAUACCUUACAGCCGGCGUACAGUCUGGCGCCGUACGAAAACGCUCCGAUGCAAGACUGGGCCGGCAUUUACAAAGACAUUGAAUCGACGAACGCAUUGAAUCGGGCGCUCUUUGACAAGAACUCCGCCGACAAACAGAAAGCCUACGAACGCGAUAUGAUUGAGGCAGAAGUGGUCAGAUUGUUGGCCGGUGUGCCUCAGUUUGAAGUGGCAAAAGAUUCAAUACGGCUAACAAAGUGCACGUCUGGCGACUAUAUGUCGUGCGAUUUCACGGCUGUACUUAAGAAAGAUACCGAUUUAAAAACAAAUCCCAUAAAUCUUGGGAAAUAUUUGGAACAUUUAUGCCACCCGUUAACA